UGGAAGAUCCACGCCUUCGUGCUGACCCCGCGGGUGUCCUCCUCCAGACCCAGGGUCAGGGUGCUGUUCUACGUGGCCGGGAGGGACUGGGACCGAGGGGACGGGGACGGGGACGAGCUCCCGUGUGUCACCGUCCACGCCUUCUGGCAGACCCAGGAGGUCAGGGGUUCCUGCGCCGUGGGAGGCCAACGGGGAACCUGCACCGCCGAGAUGGUGCCGGCGCCGUCGUGGUUCGUUCCAGGGCCCACAGGGGGCAGACAGGAGCCCCCUGCUGGGAACUCGGUGGAACUGUACUACCAGGCCAGGCCGAAGGUCAACGGGAGGUGUCAGGAGGUCAACGACAGUGGGUGGAGCUUCUCGUACGUUCCCGUCAUGUCCAUGCAGAGGAUCAGCAGCGUGCGCCUCCUGCAGGUGCCCAAAGGAACGGCAACGCUGUCCAGGCUGAAACUCGGCAACGCCGUCGUCAUACGGACGUCCUCCAAACCGCUGAAGACGGACGACGUGGCGACCUUCGACGUCCUCAUGACUGGAGCUGUUCGGCUGAAGAACUUCACACUCAGAGCGUCGGUGGGACGAGGCCUGACCUUCGUCAGAGCGGCGGCGGCCGCUAACGCCCCCCUGUGGACCAUCACCGCGGUCACUGGUCCAGAGGAGGUCAGUCUGAUUUGUCAGAGGAGGACCCCUACAGGUGGACGGAGGCUGGACGCUGGUCUGCAGGAGGUUCUUCAGAUGGACUUCCUGGUCCAGGAACCCAGGUUCCCUCUGGACCAUCAAGUCAUCCUGUGGAAACUGGAGCUGCCCAACGGUACCAGGAACGGUACCAGGAACGGUACCAGGACGGAGGGACCCAUGAGGCUUUACAUCACUCAGAGGGACUUUGUCGGUCUGGCGCCUCUUGUGGUGGAUACAGAGAUCCUGAACACCGCGGUCCUGACUGGGAAGAAGGUGGUGAUGCCCGUGAGGGUGGUGGCAGUGGACGAAGGCGGAGCCGUCACCGAUGUCACGGAAUACGCCGACUGUAGCUCCGCCGAUGAGGACGUUCUCAAGGUGUCGGACCGCUGUGACUACGUGUUCGUGGACGGCACAGAGACCCGCGGCGGCCUGAAGACGGCGGUGACCUUUAGCUCCAGCUUCCUGUCGGCUCAGCUGGAGGUCACGGUGUGGAGGCCUCAGCUCCCGCUGCUCGUCCAGGUGUCCGACACCGAGCUGGGUCAGAUCAAGGGCUGGAGGGUUCCCAUAGUGACCCCCAGGAGACCCAUGUGGACCAGCGAGGACGAGGACGAGGACGAGGACAGGGACAGGAAGGGGAAAGGCUGCGCCCUGCAGUACCAACACGCCCUGCUCCGGGUCCUGACCCACUUCGUGGCGGAGGGGGCGGAGCCUCGGGACCCCCUGGCCUAUUUCCUGGGCUCUGAUUGGCUGGUGGACGUCUCCAGGAUGGUCCGACACCUCACCAAGGUGGAGGACACCCGGGUGGCCCGACUCCAGGACGGCGGCGGCGGGGGGACGUGGGUGCUGCUGGGACGAGACCCCGGCACCACCAGUGUCCAGGUGAGCGGAACCGGACGGUCACGUGACCCCGGGUCCCUUUUUGGUCCCUUUGGUCCCUGUGGUCCUUGGUCCCUUUGGUCCUUGGUCCCUGUGGUCCCUUUGGUGUCCUCCCCUCUGUCCGACCGACUCCUGGCCGAGACGACCAUCAGGGUGGUCGAGGACAAGGUGUCCGUCACGGACCUGCGGGUCCAGCCCGUCUCGGGACUCUCCGUGUCUCUGCAGCUCAGUCCCGGCAGCGACCGGGCCGUCCUGGCCACCGCCAGCGCCGAGGAAGUCCUGCGCCGUCCCAGACAGGAAGCUGAGCUCAGCGUGUGGCUCCGAUUCAGCGACGGCAGCCAGACGCCGCUGGACGUCUACGAUCCCGCCUCCUACAGACUGACGGGGACGUCCUCCGACCCGGCGGUGCUCGCGGUGCGGGGGAGCCCCCCGGUGGUGGCGGCGGCGGGGGACAGCCAGGGGGGGGGUGCGGACGAGAGCGGUUACUACGGAAACAACACGACCACGACUUCGACUUCGACCACGACCAUCGUCAGGACGCCGGGGACGAGCGGAUCCCUGGGAGGAGUCGGGAAAAUCCUGGACAUUCCCAGCAGCGGUAGAACCGGCAACCCGGGGGACACGGGGACGGAGGACAUGAGGACCGUCAGCACUGCCAAAGCUCCAGGGAACCUGGUCAACGCCGACGAGCAACCGACCGGGACGGUAGAACCUGAGGAGGAGACAAAGGAGGGAGAGGUUGGGGACGAGGUCGGGGACGAGGUCGGGGACGAGGUCGGGGACGAGGCGUCGGUAUACCGACCUCUCAGCGACCUGGAGGUCGGCAUGUACGCCCUGUUGGCCGUCUUUUGUCUGGCCAUCCUGGUCUUCCUCCUGAACUGUCUCAGCCACGUGGUCCAGUUCGGACGCAGGAAGAUGUCCCCCCCCGUCCACGCCCACGUCCACGUCCACGAGCCGCCGGGUCACAGACACAACUGGGUGUGGCUGGGCACGGACGCCGAGCUGGUGAUGAGGGACGCGCCGAUCAGUCCCGUUCACCGGGGGUCUCAGUUCACGACCGCGGUGAUGGACAUCGGUCCGGAUGUGUCCGUCCCCCCGGGGUCCAGGGGACACUGGGUCAGCGACUCCCCCCACUCUCCCACCAGCAGGAGGAAGAGAGUGCAGUUCACCACCUUCUCCACCAGGGAGCGCAAACGUCCGACACGGAGUUCGUCCCCGGAGAACGGACACUGGGUCGACUGGGACGGCCGAGAGGACGGCAGAGAGGACGGCCGAGAGGACGACAGAGAGGACGGCAGAGAGGACGGCAGAGAGGACCACGCCCCGGUGUCUGGGCCACAGGCUGGAGAGCAGUUAUAGUCUGGUUGGACCUCAGGUGUCUCUGGGACAUCACCUCACUGCCUUUGUCCCGUCCAACCACGGUGUCCAACGUGUGACCCCGACUGUGUCCAACUAUGCCCAACAUGUGACCCCGAAUGU